GUAAAUGGAUGGUAUGAAAUCCUACUAAUAAAUCCCACAUGGUAUUACCAUGCCGAAUGUAAUGGAAAAUAAUCAAUUUAUGGGUGCGACGUGAAGCAGAAUUAUCAAAACUAUGGCUACAGGCAGUGGAGGUGGUGGUGGCAGUGGUGCUGGAGGGCAGUCUUCAAGUCACCCAUGUCACAACCUCAGUAACCCAUCCAAACGUCUCUUCUGGUGUCGCCAUUGCAUGGCAAAAUUUAUUGAUCCCAUUCAAAGAUGGAGGCACAGUAAAACCUGCAAAAAAAUUGUUUCCUCUAAUCCACGUCAAGAGAUUGUUAGUACAGAUGGUCGAAUAUUGCAAGUGGUGGCAGGUACGACUGAAGGCAGUGUUGUGGUAUCAAAUCUUGCUCAGAUGGAAGAACCAGAGCCUUCUGUAUCAAAACGCAAAAUCCGCAAACUUGUCAUGAAUGAUCUGAAAUGUCAGAUUUGUGAACGUGUGUUUGUUUCACUUGAUGAAAUGCGAGAGCAUGUGAAGCACCCAUGCAGGAAAUCUGUUCCAUAUGAGGAGGCGGUGAUCCCCGUGACCGGUGUAUCAAUAACUUUACCUGAAUUUCAGCAAAAAGAUCAACAUGGAGAUGAUGACGAGAAGGCCAGUGCCUUGAAUAGUCUGGAGGCAAACCUACAGCAAAUGGAACAGUCGCUGGCCAUGAGGUCUGAUGUAGCUGACGAAGUGGUAGCCAAUCAGAUUGAGUCUCUUUUGAAGGCUGCCCAGGUGUUGCAACAGCAACAGCAGCAAGAGCAGCAGGCGACCACAUACCAACUUUUAGGCGCUGAUGAUCUAGGUGAUGUGGACACACAUUAUGUCAUUACCACAAACCCAGACCACUACGAAGAUCAUAAUCAGCCACAGUUUGAAGCAGUUACUGUUGAGACGGUUGCCACGCUGGAGAACAUUGUUCCACAGGUUGCUAUGUGUCCAGAAGUGGCCCAACAACAAGUAGUUCUGCAGCCAAACAUUGAACCAGAUGACCUCCAACUGAUAUCUGAGGUCAUAGCGAGAGAGGAACCAGAGAUUGGAAAGCAUCAUAGUUUUGUCCCUCCUGCCAGUCGAACGUCCUCUACUAGUUCACUAUCACCUCGACCACAUAAUCCUGUAUCAUCUGCUGCGGAUCCAUCUGCAGAGCCUGCCACUCAGAGCCCGGGACUAAGUAAUGAUAAAAAGCCUCAAUCUUCUAAUGACAAGGAUAAUUUGAACAGUACAAAGUCAGAUGAAAUAUUGACUUCUGAAAAAUCUGCCGCUGACAGUGCAAUUUUGUCUGAAUGUUUCACAAGGUUACAAAACAAAGACAAUUCAAAUGAUAGUGUGUGUUUGAAUAAAGAAAAGGACAGUGUUGUCAAACCAAAAUCUUCUAAUUGUUGUGAAAAUGGAUGUUGUUAUGAUCCUACUGUUGAUGAUUUUGGAUUUAGGAACCUUUUAGAUGAUAAUGAUAGCCAAACAAAUCAAACUAUUCAAUAUUGUGUUUGCAAAUUGAAAUCCUCAACUUCAUCAUCUCGUCCACCACCCAAACCACCCAAAUACAAAGUUCAUGAGACUGCAAAAAAGAUGACAACCAGAAGUACAUCCAUGGAAGAGAAAAAAAGUGUUUCAAAUAAAAUUGUGAAAAAGAAACGGAAAUAUAUAGGAGGAAAAGGAAGUUUAGACUGCUUAGCUAAGUCAAGAAGAAAAAAGUUGAAAAAGACAGCACUGCAAAAUGUGAGUGAUAGUAAUACAAACAGUGUACGGACAACAGGAAGUUCUGAGGAAAGUCAGGACACCAAAUGUGAUCUUCAGAGUGUGAAUGAUACAAUGAUGGCCAAAGAUGAUACUAGUAUCAUUCAAAAUCCAGGGGUACAAGGUGAAGGGUGUGAUGAAUUGGAUGGAACAUUAAAUAGUGUCAAGAGUCAAAAUUCAAAACCUAAGACAACAGAAAUACAACAUGAGGCAUGUCUUCCAAAAACUGUAACACGGAAACCAAAACCAGCAAGAGAACCAAAGUGUCGAAUCUGCGAUCGUGUGUUCAAAUCUAUACAGCUUCUUCAGAAACACAAUAAAGUGCCAUGUAAAAUCAAACACACUCGGAAUCUGUGUCAGAAGGUCCUUCGACCCAAACGUGCAACUGUCGAACAUAUGUCAUCACUCAAACAGAAACCUAAACAGAAUCUCACCAACAAGAAAAGCAACAAGAAUGUGUUACGGCCACAGCUUCUACCAGUUAGACGAAUCUCAGAUACCACUCUCUUUAUAUUGCCUAAAGCAAAGAAAGGAAAUAAAAAAAGACGAAAAUCUGCACCAGUGUUCAUAUACUCCCCACCAGUGAAGGAGUACAAGAAUACUUUUCUUGGCAUACAUCUGAUAUAUAAACCAUUACCAUUCAAGGAAAAGUUCUUCUAUGAUCUUGGCAUGAUUUCAUCUGCACAUUUGAACAAAGAUAGUUGUAACCAAGAAACAAUGGAUGUAUGUGAAGGUUUUUCUCCUGAUUUUGAAAAUAACCCUCAUUUGUCUAGUCAAGAAAUUAUUGAUGUGAUUGGACCUUGUACUCCUCCACCAGUAUUAGAAAAAGUAUCUGAUCUGGACCUCUCUCUACUUAGUCCGUCACCUUGUCCUGACCUUGAACCUCCGGUACUUGAGGUUAUUUCUGAUUUAAGGAUUAGAGAUUCUAGUCUAUUGGCAAAUACAUCAACAAAAGUAAUAUCACCAUUACCACUGUCAGUCAAUGAGGAGGUGCCACCACCAGUUUUGGAAACAAAUUAUGAGAACAAAACUUUAAACUUAAGGAGUAGUGAUGCUGCUGCACAGCCUCAAUUAUCUUUGGAUUCUUCACACAAUGAACAAAAUGAAAGUAGAGAAAAAUAUUCCAUUAACAGCUCAUUGGGACAUAAAAGUUCAGAAUCAGUUGAGGAGCAUAUGUCUGAAAUAUUCUCAAAAUAUUUCGCAUAUUCUAAAACACAAAAGCAGGAUUCUAGUUCCAAGUCAAUACAGCAAACAUAUUCCGAAUCAACUGGUCUCAGAGACAUUGUUUCAAUAGAAAACCAGGAACAAAUAUUUGACACUCAGACAAAGGAUUUACCUUCACCAAAACUACAAUCAGACACUGAUGUGAUAAAAGAACUCUGCCCAAGAAUAGACAGAAAUAUUUCAGUCUGUGAUCAAACUUGCACAAUAUCUAAAGUGAAUGAACCACAAAAGACAGUGUCUAAGUCUGAAGAUGGUUUGACCGCUGACAAAGACAUAGCACCACAGGUUAAGGAUGAAGUACAUAUUACAUUGGAUAAAGUGACAGAGCAACAACAGGAAAGUCAAUAUGAACAUUUACAACCAAAGAAGGAUUCUCCUACUGAAGAUCUCUUGUCAGAUGGAGAUAACACUAUGGAGAAUUCAGAUAGGGAGACUUGUCAGGAACUGCCUGUCUGUGUUGAAAUCUCAACUACAGAAAAUCUGGAGCAAGAGAUACCAGGUGUCCCAACACCUUGUGUUACAGGUGUACAUGAUGAGGGAAACAUCAAAUUACAGCUUUCUACACAACCUGUCACAAUGUCUAUUGAAAAUAAUGUUUGCCCCAAAGAUUGCUUGACUGAAUUUCCAAAUGAAAAUGUCCAAAAUAAUGUUACUGCUACAUCUUCCACUUCUAAGUCCUCAUCAGCACGACAUUUCACAGAUCUUCUAGCUGACUUGUGCACUUCUCAAAAGGCAGAGAUGACAAACAUGGAUUCCUCUAUUUGGUCCAAAGCACAACCACUUUCCUCUCACAUUGAAAGUGGUUAUGAAGAGAGCACUUCUAAUACAAAAACAAAGGAUUCACAGAAACUGGGGGAGCGUCAUUUCAUGGAUGCCAUAAUGACCACAGCAUUGCAGAUCAGUAAAACCAGCAGUGGGAAAGUAAACACAGGGUCUAACGGCUUGUGCAGGAAAGUUCAAAAGGUUACAGUGGCUGUACAGACAGACAUUGAAUCUUUUACAGAAAAGAUGCUGCAGUCUUCAAAUAAUCUGUUAACUUCUCGGGCAGACACACAACCCCUUGAGCCAGAUUUGCCAUGUUCAGAUAUGGUAGGGAGUGAAACAUUUGAAAAUACAUCUGCUCAUAGUAAAGUAGAACUUCCAGAAACAAGAAAUUUUGAAAAAGGAAAGACUGAUGUAAAAGAUUUGGGGGCUAGUUACCAUAUAACUGAAAUGGUGACUGAUAUUCAGCCUGCAUUGAAUAUUGGUUCAUUUCCUAGCGAAACAGAAAAUUGUUCUGAUACAAGUCCAAUGUACGAACAAGAAAUUCAGGUAGAAACAUUUCCCAUUCAGUCCAGUUCACAGAGUGGUGAAUCUUCGGAACACACUUCUCAGGAUCAUUCCUCAUGUCCACCCCUGAGUCAAAAGCAAAUGCCACUUAAUGAAAUCUCAAUGAAAUCAGGGUUGUCGAAGGAAUCAACCCCAAAAAAAGGUGAAGGACGUAAUUUGUUUGAAAGCCUAUUUUCUAGUCUUAGCAAGGAAUCUGACAGUUUUAAAAGCACAGGUAAGUCUGUGUCGGAUGUUGUAGAAGCUAUUACACACAAUCCUCUCCCAAAUGACACGUAUAACAAGGAAGAAACUUUAAUAUUCCCUAAAAAUGCACACAAUUUCUGUUCCCAACCAAAUAAAGAUAUAUCUCUAUUGGAAAAGCUUCCACAAAACUUGCAUGUACCCCAGUCUAAUAGUCAGGAAGUGAGGGUUUUUCCUCCUCCAGGAAGUAAGCUUAAGGAGCUGGCACAAGACCCUCUAGCACCAGAGUUUGUAGGUAGAACAGUGUCCUUACCGUUAGGUCUCUCUAGAGACAUUCCAGACAUGAAAAACAGGACAAAUCUGCUGGAAAUGGUGGCAAAGUCUCUCGGAAUUUACUCUGAUGAGAAUCAAGAUCCUCAAAAUAUCAAUUCUGCUGGCAAACAGACCGAGGCAGGUUACAUAGCAACAGAAUCAGAAAAGUCGUCUGUGUUUGUAAAUAUACCAUAUGUACAGUCUACCUCAUGUAUUGGUGAAGCGGAGGAUUCUAGUGUACAGAUCAUAGUCAUGAAUAACCAAUCUGCCUCCAGCAAUUAUACCACAGAUAUCAAUGUAAUUGAUCUGCCUUCAAAGCCAGAAAUUCUGAACGAGCAACCCAAAUGUGACUGGCAUCAGGUGGACACUGGUCUUUCACAACAGGUGUGCAGCAGUGGCCAGGAGACUUGUGCAGAAGACAGGACUGCAGAAUUACCAAAGUGUUCUUGCAAUGUAAUUGUAGAUAAUGUUGUUACACCUGUCAUGUCAAAACCAGUAACUUCUCAAAAAUCUGGAGUUCAAGUGGUUAUGUGUGGUGUAGAAGAUCUAAAAAAGUGGGACAAUUCUUGUAUAGUGACUGCUGACAAAUCUUCUUUGGAAACUAAUUCUGGUAGUCUGAGUACUGGCUGUAUAGGGACUCAGCAUGAUCAGGAAAGUGUGUUAGUGGGAAAUGAAAGUCAGACAUUAAAUCUAUGCAACAAUAUGGAGGUGGAAGAAAACAGCAUUAUACUUCCACCUGAAACAUCAUCUGGUUCUCAUAUAGUUAAUCCCAAUUCCCAGCAUACUUCUACUAUAUCAUCUACAACUUAUCUAACACCAGUUAUAAAUGUGUCGUCCUCUGAGGCUCAGACAAUUUACGACAUUCACAUUCAGUCUGCCUCUAGUGUUCCUAUGGUAACAGAUAUGCAGUUAUCUAGCAAUGAGACAAACAUUGUGUCUGAUCACGUUGCUAUGGUAACAGAAGACGUGAAUAAACCUGCUACCAUGGUCACAGGGGAGGCAGUUGAUUCUGAGGUGGCCAUGGUAACAAAUCUCCACUCGGAGAAAGUGAAUGUCUGUUCAGGGUCGUGGGGGGAGCCUAAGGUCAUGGUUCAGUAUGUCCAAGAUUUUGAUUGUGAUCAGAACGUGUCCUACAUUGUACUAGACAAUGAGCAACAGCAUGGCUCUGAUCCAUUUGUCAUCUCAGAGUCCCCUUUCCUGCAAACAGAGGAGACAAUUUUGUGUUCAGAGGAGGAAAGUCUUUUGAACAGCAAUGAGCAGCCAUUACAGGCAGCUGUAAUGAAUUAAGUACUGGAAAACGAUAGAAUAGAAUGCAUUCAGAAACAUAUGUUGCACAUUUAUGCUGAUUUCCAAUUAAGGGUCAUCUUUUUGCCAUCAGAUUUUUGGUUAUUCAAUGUGAAAAUAGUGCAGCAACUGAAAAAGUAUUUACAUAAAAUUUUAAAUCAUAGGAACCAUAGAAUAAAUUACAAGUGUCUCAAACUUGACUUUAUGCCUUUAUAUAUAACAUUUUUUCACAUUUAGGUAUGGGCUUGAAUUUGUCAAUAAAGGUCAAAAUGGCUCUCGUCCCUGAAUUGUGUAUAACGUAUAUAAGGAGACAGGGUAUGAUUUUUUCCUUAUAUUAACCUAGCCCUCCAAAACAUUUGAAAAUGUUUUAAAUGCAUCAGGAUAGGUGUGAAUGCACUUGUAACAUAUUCUGGGGUACCUUGGGUUUAAUCGGUAUGUGUCAGUAGGUAAAGGAACAAAGGUGUUUUUGUAUUUUGAUAAAUCUGACUUUAAGAGAAACUAAUGUGAAUAUUGUGUUCUUUCAAGGAAUUCUUUUGCACUUUGGAGUCUACUUUUUAUUAAAUAAAGUAAAUGCGCUGUGCUUCAAUGAAAUUGUGAGUAGGCAAUGCAUCAGUUAUCUCCCUUCCCAUUUUAUUUCCCAUUUCAGACCUAAUUGAUUUUAUGAAAUGAAAGUUCCCUUUCUAUACUGUUAUGCUUGUAUCUGAUGAUUUCAUGGCGUCAGAACUGUUGAACUUUUUAAAGAGUUUGUGUGAAAGCUUUUUAUCAAUUCUUUAAACCAACAUUUAACAUACUUGUUGAUGUAAUUGUUUCCAAAUUGUUGCGUAUAAUUUGCAACAAAAAGAUCAGAUUUGUUGAUGCAACAGCUUAUUUUAUGUUGAGAUUUUCUCAUAUGAAGUUCUGAUUCAAACUGCUUCACAAGUUUAUAAUAAUGAUGUAUACAGGACUGUUGAUAUUGGUUUAAUAAAAUUUCUGUAGAAUGUAUUUGGUGAUUCAAAUUCAAGACCAAAUGCCCUAUGACAAAGGGCAAUUAUAAUGUUGAUACAGUUGAGACUUUUGAUCAUUACCAGUCGUUAGGAUGGAAAGCGUAUUUAAUUUGAUUAGUGUACAAACAUGGUUUAAAAGGUGUUUUGGUCACAAAAAUGUAGUGGUAAUUUGAGCCCAAAAUUACUGUAAAUUGUAAUUAAUUGAAAGUUGUCAAUUUUUAUGAGAAUUAGGUUUUAAUCUUUUUAUCAGAAUUCAUGUAAUUUGUUCAUGUAAAUGUUGCAUGGAUUUGUUUCAUUUAGCUCAUAAUGCAGUCUGUAUUUGUCACCACUUGAUAUUGGUUGUUCAAGCUCAACAAAACUAUAAUCAUACAAGUACUGUUGUGGUUUUCACAAUAUGAUUGGUUCUUUACCAUUGGAGUGGUAUUACAUUGUUGUACAUGUAUUUUUUAGUUAAACUUCUAAAAUUGAAAGAAAAAUGUUUUAAAUUGUUCAUUGGUUAGAUUACCUUUAAUGUUGAAGGUAGAAAGCAUUGAGCCCAGCAUUGUUUUACAGACAUUGUAA